AAGCAAUACAUCAACUUCCAAGGUUGUUUCAUAAGAUAUUAAAUAUAUCUCACCUCGUACUACUAUUUUCAUCCCCUUUUUCGGAAAUCAGGUGGUUUGUCUUUACCUUUACUUAUUUUUUAUUCUAAUUAUCAACAUUACCAUCGCAUCCAAAUCCUACCAGAGCUACUUUCUAUUCUACAUCACCACGAUGUAUCGACGGGGCCCGCCCAAAUCAACACCCGCGAGUGUCCAAUGUCAGAAAUGUCUAAAAAGAGGUCACUAUUCUUACGAAUGCAAAGCCUCGUCUCAGGAUAGGCCAUAUGUUUCUAGGCCUUCUCGAACACAGCAACUAUUCAACCCAAAGCUCGUUCCAAAAUUAGCCAGCGACGAGCCAAGCACUCUUCAACAGCAACAGAAGGGUGUGGCUGAUGAAGAACUGGCCAAACGUGAGGCCGAGAGGGCGAAGAAACGAGAGCUAGAAGAUGACGGAUCAGAUGAUGAGUCUCCAAAGCGUAGGAGAUCUGCUUCUUAUGACUCCGUGUCCUCAAUCUCUACAAAGCGGUCAGCUUCGCCACCGCCGCGAGCCCAGAAGUCUUCUGCGGCUCCUCUGGACGUGCCUAAGAGAGGAAACGUAAGCCCUUCGCCCGUUCGGCACGCCGCUCCGCGGAGACAGUCAUAUAGUUCCACCAGUGAUCAUGAGCGACGUUAUUCGCCAAGUCCUCGGCGACCAGCUAGGACUAGUAGCCCAUCAGAUAGACCAAGUCGGAGGUCAAGGUCACCAUCACGAGACUCUAGUCCUGCGCGAAGUCGGCGCGAUGAGAGAGACGAGGCACCAAAUCAAAGAUUCCCAGACAGUCGUCGUAGAAGGUAUUCGUCGAGCCCUAGUAGGUCACCACCAACACGUGAUCGACGACGAUUCCGCUCUAGGUCCCCAGACGAGCCUAGAAGGCGUGGCAGAACCCCUCUACGGCACUACGACGAGAAUGCAAGUCGUAAUCCCGCAGCGGACGACGGGCGGAGACGGGGAAGAGCACCGCCGCGGCGAGAACAACGCGAACGGAGUUUAAGUCCUUUCUCCAAGAGAUUAGCUCUAACGCAGGCGAUGAAUUCAGGUCGCUGAAACUGGGGCGGAGGCUGAGAUUGGGUAUCAUAGUUCUCUUAGGUCUUAAUGAAAACCAAUUUUACUUAAGCUUGCAC